CAGUUCAGCUGUUCCAGUUAUAUUCAACUGUCAGGCCGGUAUCACGAGAUCAACAACUGCAGCUGUUAUGGCCGCCAUCAUUAAAGAAUCUCAAUUGGAAAUAGAGUUUGCUAAAAUGCGAGGGAUUGUUCCUGACAUUAUAAUUGAUGGUCUACGUGAGAAGAAGCUGCAUCCUGAUGCUCCUGAGAGAACAGAUAAACAAAACAAUGCUCUCAUGAAGGGUGAGUUCCCUGUAGUAAUGGAUUUAGUUGAAGGAUCUGAAGUUGCUAAACAAUGCAAGGAUCAGGUUGAUAGAUUGAUAGACGCGGCAUCAGCUGCCAAGAAUAUCCGGGAAGCUGUGGUUAUGGAGAAAAUGCAGUUCGACGUCGCAUCAGACGAUUGGAGGAAACAUAUUUUAAUUAAAUGGAAAUUACGCAAACAGAUUAGAUUAGAUUAUAGCAUUGAUGAUUGA